UUGGCUUGUUUUUGGUCUCCCAAGGUUCUCUAUUUUUGUUCCUUUUAGCCUAACAACUAAGUCUGAAAAUGCCUGUAAGUAUGAACAAGCUGGUUUUAGUGCUAGGAGUGAUCUAUUUGGACCAAGCUGAAUUUGCUACUCUUUCUCUCCCCCAAGCUCCCAACUGUGGGCAGCGUCAAGUUAGGACACGAUUCUGGAAUAACUUUAACAUUUUCAGUCGCAUAGUCGGGGGAAGCCAAGUGGAAAAGGGUUCCUAUCCCUGGCAGGUGUCUCUGAAACAAGGGCAGAAGCACAUCUGCGGAGGAACCAUCAUCUCCUCUCAGUGGGUGAUCACAGCAGCUCACUGUAUUACAAGCAGAAACAUUGGGGCAAACUUGAAUGUUACUGCUGGAGAGCAUGACUUGAGCCAGAAAGAGCCAGAAGAGCAAACCUUCAGGAUCAAAACUGUCAUUAUACACCCACAUUUCUCCACUGGGAAACCAAUGGACUAUGAUAUUGCUCUUUUGAAGAUGGCUGGAACCUUCCAGUUUGGCCAGUUUGUGGGGCCCCUGUGUCUUCCAAAACCAGGGAAGAGAUUUGAAACUGGACUUGUUUGUACAACUGCAGGUUGGGGCCGCUUGACUGAAGAUGGUGUCUUCUCGCAAGUCUUGCAGGAAGUGAAACUGCCAAUUUUGAGCCAAGAGAAGUGUGUGGCAGCUCUGCUAACCCUAAAGAGGCCCUUUAGUGGGAAGACCUUUCUCUGCACAGGCUUCCCUGAAGGGGGGAGAGAUGCAUGCCAGGGAGAUUCAGGGGGUUCACUCAUGUGCCAGAGUAACAGAGGCAUCUGGACUAUGGCUGGUGUGACUUCCUGGGGAUUGGGCUGUGGUCGAGGCUGGAGAAACAAUGCACUGGAAAAUAAGCAAGGAUCCCCUGGGAUCUUCACAGAUCUCAGUAAAGUGCUUCCCUGGAUCUAUGAACACAUCCGAACUGGAAAUAAGAAAAAGAGCACCAAAGCCCAGUGCAGUGAGCAGCAUGGCGUAGUCAGUGGCUCUGAAGGCGAACUGCACUUCCCAGAAAGCCUCCUCCUGUAUUAUGAAAGCAAACAACUGUGUGUCUGGACCCUGUUGGUACCACAGGCAAUGCAUGUGUUGCUCAAUUUUUCCCGCCUGGAUGUAGAGUCUUGUGAGCAUAAUUACCUGUCAAUAUAUUCUUUAGAAGACAGACUCAUAGGCAAACUCUGUGGAGAAAGACUUGCUUCAUCCAUUCUUGUGGGUUCCAAUUCCAUGAGGCUGGAGUUUAUCUCUGAUGCCACCGAUUAUGCUGCCGGGUUUAACAUAACCUACAAAGCGCUGAAACCAAACUACAUUCCUGAUUCAGGUUGCAAUUCCUUAACUGUUCUCUUUGAAGAGGGUAUCAUACAGAGUCUUCACUAUCCAGAAAACUACAGUGACAUGGCUGACUGUAACUGGAUUUUCCAAGCUCCCCAACAUCAUCUAAUUAAGCUUUCAUUUCAGAGCCUGGAGAUAGAAGAAAAUGGAGAUUGCACUUCUGACUAUGUGACAGUACACAAAGAUGUAGAAGGGAAGGAGGAAAUAGCUCGGAUGUGUGGCUAUGAUGUGCCCAGCCCUGUGCUGAGUUCCUCUGGAGUCAUGCUCAUCAGCUUCCAAUCAGACGAACAUGGCACCUCCAAAGGCUUUCAGGCUACGGUCUCCUUCCUUCCUGCAGCAGAUGUAAACAUCUCCACAUCAGAGGAUGAUUCACAGUCCCCGGAGGCGUGGAAAGUGCCACCUGGAGAAAUCGAUGCUCCUGGGGAAACUUGGAUGCAGAGAGACACCUAGACACAAAGAAACAGCAUGUAGAGAUGACCCAUGCAGACACGGAGGCAACCCACAGGUAGAUGAGAGGCCUGGGACAAUUCUCCAUCGCAUCCCCCAGCAAGAACCCUGCUGGCACCGUGUAUUUGGAUUUCUAGCCUCUAGAACUGCAAGAUAAUAAAUUCCUGUUGGUCUAA